GCAUCUCAUUCAAAUGCCCCCCACACAGAGACAGUGGUGGCUGCAAAGAAUUUUGCUAUCAUCAACAGAAAAGUGAGGGACAGCUUUUUGGUCGCCGUAUUCUCUCUGAUUCUCUCUCUUUCCCACUAAGUGAGCAGCAGCUCUCACUUUUUACCCUCUACCCAUCUCUAUCUCUACCUCUGGAAGGUGGGCAGUUUCAGAAACAAGUUGCUCUGAAGUGGCCCCAUUGUCUCAGCUCAAGAUGUACAGCUUCAUGGGAGGGGGUCUGUUCUGUGCCAUCGUGGGUAACAUCCUGCUGGUGGUCUCCACUGCAACUGACUACUGGAUGCAGUACAGGCUCUCUGGAAACUAUGCCCACCAGGGUCUGUGGAGAUACUGCAUGUCCAACAAGUGCUACAUGCAGACAGACAAUAUAGCUUACUGGAAUGCCACCCGGGCUUUCAUGAUCCUCUCAGGGAUGUCGUGCUUUGCAGGCAUCAUAGCUGGCAUCAUGUCCUUUUCACACUUCUCCUCCUUCGAAAGGUUCAACCGCUCCUUUGCUGCAGGAGUCAUGUUUUUUAUCUCCACUUUGUUUGUUUUGUUGGCUAUGGCCAUCUACACCGGAGUGACCAUCAACUUCCUGGGAAGGCGCUUUGGUGACUGGCGCUUCUCAUGGUCCUACAUACUGGGCUGGGUGGCCAUGCUCAUGAACUUCUUUGCUGGAAUUUUCUACAUAUGUGCUUACAGAAUGUGUGAAUGCAGGAGAGGAAACAGCCCACGCUAGAGGGAGACAAACUGCUUGUGUUUCUCAAAAGAGAAAAAUGCCACUUUGAGUAGAGGAGAAGCUGGACACACUGAGGCAGUGUUCACUGAUCUGCAGAAGAUUUGAUGACUGACGCUGGUCCUAGAGGCCUUAGACGGUCUGCUUUCUAAAAGACACCUUCUUUAAUCACGGAUAUUAACAGCAUUCAUUAUAUUAGCAUGGAGUAAAAACAAACCCAGUUAAACUGAAUAAUGUGUCUGAUAAUUGUAACAUGAUGUUGGUGUUAUCAAACUUAUUAAACCUUCAUUAAAUCA